AACGCUGCAUUCAAUUUUCCUUGUUGAAAGCUGUAGUAAUGCCUGAACCAAAAGCCGCACCUGCGCCUAAAAAGGGCUCUAAGAAAGCUGUUUCUAAGAGUCAAGCAAAGGGUGGAAAGAAACGCAGAAAGUCCAGGAAGGAAAGCUAUUCAAUUUACGUGUACAAGGUGAUGAAGCAAGUACAUCCCGAUACUGGUAUUUCUUCCAAGGCGAUGGGCAUCAUGAACUCGUUUGUGAACGAUAUCUUUGAGCGCAUCGCUGGUGAGGCUUCUCGCCUAGCGCAUUACAACAAGCGCUCGACUAUUUCGUCAAGAGAGAUCCAGACUGCUGUGAGACUGUUGCUACCGGGAGAGCUUGCUAAGCACGCUGUGUCUGAGGGGACUAAGGCAGUCACCAAGUACACCAGCUCCAAAUAGAGAGAAGUUCUUCCACAAAAAAAAAGGCUCUUUUCAGAGCCACC